UAAUCGCGUAAAAUAGGAUAGAAAAAAGAUAUAAAAAACAUAGAUCCAAAUAAAGAUAUAUGCCCUUGUUGUGGUUGUAUAAUAGAAACUAAUUAAUUAGAUAUAAAUAUAGAUAUUUAAGAAUUAGGAUUUUUAGGAAGUGGCAUACCUUUAUAUUUUUAUUUUACUUAAUAUUGUUAUUUUUUUUGGGAAUAAUUUUAUUCGUUUCAUGUAUAUAUGGAUUAGUAAAAAACAUUACAGGAAAAAUAUGUGAAAUAAAAUUUGAUUGUUAGAGCAAUUUUUUAAAUAUGCUUAGUAUUACAAAUAGAGAUUUUAAAAUAGAUAAUAUUUAAUCAAUUUUGAAUUUAGUAUCGACUAUUUUAUUAAUUUUAUCUACUUUUAUUUUGAAUAAAAAAAUGAUUAAUUUAAAUAAUUAUAUAGACGAAAAUAAUAUUACUCCGACCGAUUUUACUGCCGUUUUUAGUAAUAUUGAUAGUAAUAUAUCAGAAAAAGAACUUUAAGACUAUAUUUAAAAUACUUCUAAUUGUAAAGUCGUUAAAGUUAUUUUCGGUUACGAUAUUUCUUAAUAUAUAAUUUUAAAAAGUAAAAAAUAAAUUGCUUAUAAUUAGAAACUCAAAUAUGAGAAUUAGGAAGAAAAAAAGAUUAAGCUUUAGAAUUAGAAUAAUAAAUUAAUGAAUUAGAUAAAUAAAUAAAUGAAUAUGAACAAAAUAGUAAUUUUUAAUA